AUGCCAGCGCUAUCAAACACCAAUUCUACCGGCGCGCCUUAUGCCGAAGCUGCCAUCGUAUGUCCAGUUCACGACGUCACCAACGGGCGUACGCCGACGUCCUCUCCCUGCGUUUGUCAUAUCAAAUCCGCCUUCCGAUGGCUCAACGGCCCCGUGCUAGGUCUCUGGCAAGCAUGCGAGUCGAGUACCAUCCAUCUGGAGCUCUCGGGGCCGCAGGGAUACAGAAUUUACCACAUCUUCCUCACGCUACUCACGAAGCGACCUGCAGAGCCUUGUCUCAAGGAAGCCUCCUUCUCCGGAUUGGAUGUUUGGCGCGCGGUGCAGAAGCAUGAACGCUGUGGACCAGCGGCGACUUUGUUGCGCGGUCUCUUGUGCAAGAUAUUCCUCAAUCGCGAAUUGGAUGUUCCAGUCGCCAAGAUAGAGGAAGCGGCUUAUGUUGUCGAAGCCGUAAAGCUCCCCAGCUCAACUGCGAUCACAAAUAAGAAAAAAUCCAGUAUCCUUGAAGGAUUUCCAGAGGAUAGAGAGGUGAUUAUUCCUGUCAUCCUAGUCACGUUCAACAACAGCGACAUGAGCACCGUUGUGUUUGCCCCUCUCGCAACACAUCUUGGCCUCCCCGCCAUCUUCCGAUGGCUCGACUUCAUGAGGAUAGUUUCGAAGACAGUCCAGGAACCGAAAACCAUGGACCUGGAAUCGUGUCUUAGCUUUGACCUGCAAUCCGAAUCCGACCACCACACACCUCCAGACCUCCCAUCAACCACACCACCUCAAUUCCCCACGUUUGGACACUCCAUUCAUGGCUUCCUCGAUCCCCGCUCUAUUUGCCCUUCAGAACGAGCUCCAACUCCUUCCAGCCCCCCCCCAAAACCAGCUCUGCUCAACCUUCCAAUCGAGCUCCUGAUCGACAUUAUCGAAUUUCUCCAGGACAAUCUCGAGGAUUUCCAGGAUUAUCUCGAGAAUCUGAGAAGCUUUCGUUGUUGCUCUAAACGCUUCGCUGAAGUUGGUGCGAGAGUACUUUUCAAAGAGUUACACGUUGCUCUGUAUCUAGAAUCGAUACUGCGGCUCACGAACAUCGCAUCCCGACACAACCUUGCUACAUCGGUACAGCGGGUUGUGUUUCAUGGCCAAGUGCCCUUCGGUUACGAGACGAUAAAGGGAUGGGCAAUCGCUGUUGGGAGAGCUGGGGGACAGGUUCCAAGAUGGAAGCGAGAUGAUUACUAUGAAACAUACAUUUCUUACGCAGACGCCGAGGACAGGUCCCUCACGGCCCAAGAGAGCAUGUCCAAGGGCAUCGACUUGGCGGGCGCGAAGUUGCAAGACGUUGUUGUGACGGCUUACGAUGAAGCCGACGAUAGGUCUGCCUUUUGGGAUAAGGUUAGAGAGAACAUCCUCCUAACACCUACAACUUGGCGACGACGCAUACUUGACGACCUUGACGAAAAUACCCCAGAGGGUCGAAUGCUGUGUGCGAUACGGUAUGACGCGAAGACAUUUUACCCUGACCUUUUCGCUGCGCUUACGGAAGGAUCUGUUCUGCUCACGGCAACUUUUCGAGCUCUGACAACUUGUUCGACCGAGCUACGUCGACUGCAAAUGACGACGACCGGAGGCGAAUUCUGGUGCCAGCGAGUCAACGGAAAUAACUGGCCUCAAGGUCCACCCCUUAUCCCAACACUCUAUCCCGUCUUCGUCUUCCUAACCGUGCUGGACCUUAAGAAACUCAACUUGCACGUUAAGCUUGCGCUCAACAUCGUAAACGACACGGUGGAAGGCGAAUGGCCUCGCGGCGACAUCCUCGCGUGCGUGGGAAAAUGGCCAAGAAUCCGAAAGCUCAGCCUCGAGAUUGAUGCCACCCAGCCCUCCCUUAUUGACUGUUUCAAUAAGCUCGCAGGUUUUCUGGACACCUUAAGACUUCACAAUGUUCGCCUACUGCCGACUGCAGCUCGGGAGGAGUGGGAGCUAUUGUGUGAUCGGUGCAGGUUACCGAGCCAAGCUCAGGAAGUGGGCUGCUGGGGAUCCACCAUCCGGCAACUGAGUAGAAUCAAGUCACUCAAGGGAGUCGAAUUCAGCGACCUUGGCGAAAUCAGCAUGUCUGACCCUACGGCGACGGUGUUUCGUGUUUUCACGAACCGCGAGUAUGUUGAAUACAUGAAUCAGUACGUACUUGGAAGGAAAGGCGACACCGAUUGGUUCAACGCAGACCAGGAUAAUUUCCUGGAGACGCUUUUGGGUGGUCGGUGA